AUGUUCACCCUGCCCCACUGCAUCCGGGUGCCGCACGAGACGGUGACAAAGAAGAACAUGGGCAACAGCCUGCGCCGGGUCGCGACCUCCUCGGGGCAUACCGGCCUCACCUACCGCGAACGGAAACAUGUGCGCGACACCUGGCAGGCGUUUUGUCGCGCCAAGCCCGACUACGGGGUGCUGAUUUUCGUCGAGUUCUUUCAACGGUACCCCACCUACCUGCAACUGUUCCAGCCCUUCGGAGACCUCCCGCUCAAGGACCUUGUCUGCAACCACAGGUUCCGGGCGCACGGUUCCGCCGUCGGCCACCAGUUCACGGCAGUGGUGGACACGCUCGACGAACCGGAUGUGAUGAUUGAGCUGAUCCGCAAGAAUGCAAUCAAGCACGCACUGAAACCCGGCGUCAAGGCCGAACAUUUCGAGAGCCUGUUGCACGUGAUGCUGGAAACCAUGCAGACGCGCUGCCCCGAACACUUCACGCCGGAUGUCAUCGUCGCGUGGACAAAGCUCUUCGACGUGAGCUACAAUGGGGGCGCGCUGAACCGAGCGGUCACAGUGAUCACUUCUUUCUGCAUAGAUACACAAUGCUCUUAACAAUACCCUCGCUACAUCAAAGUUAAGCUCACAAGAAAUACACGUAUCCUUACAGUUUUCGCUGAAUGCGGCCUAUUGUAAGUAAUAUACGAAGGGGUGAC